AUGUCAUUAUUACCGGUAAUUGUCUCAAGAAAAUUCAAGAAACCAAAGCGCAACUUGUUUGAAGAAUUUAGUGUGAAAGACCUUGGUCCAUUAAAAUACUUUCUUGGCAUAGAGGUGGCCAAGACAAAAGAUGGUCUAGUCCUAAGCCAAUGCAAGUACACAUUGGACAUCUUGAAGGAUUGUGGAAAAUUGGGUUGCAAACCGAGUUCCUUCCCGAUUGAGCACGGCUUGAAACUUGACAAAGGUGAAAAUGAACCAAGUAUUGACGGGAACCAGUACCGCCGCUUAGUUGGUCGUCUUCGAUAUCAUCAAGCCACCCGACCAGAUAUAACCUACUAUGUAAAUGUCUUAAGCCAGUUCGUGGCCGACCCAAGAAGCAACCACCUAGAAGCAGUAAAUCGUGUUUUAAGAUACUUAAAGGCUACACCAGGUCAAGGAAUUCUCCUUUCCCAUGUAGGAGAUCCUGUUUUGACCGCUUAUUGUGACUCGGACUGGUUGGGUUGUUCAUUCACAAGACGGUCACGCACUAGAUACUUCUUAUUGCUAGAUGGGACUCCCAUUUCUUGGAAAACUAAGAAACAAUCCGUUAUCUCACGUUCUUCAGCGGAAGCCGAAUACAGAGCUAUGGCGUCCACGGUCAGUGAAGUCAUUUGGGUUCGUUGGUUACUUGGUGAGCUUCAAGUUCACAUUUCAUCGCCCACGCCUCUGUUUUGUGAUAAUCAGGCAGCCCGUGACAUCGCCAACAACCCGGUAUUCCACGAAAGAACGAACCAUGUUGAGAUGGACUGCUAUUUUGUGCGAGAACGUGUUGAAUCCAAAGAAAUAAUUCCCAUGAAGAUCAGUAGCACAAUGCAGGUUGCAGACUUGCUCACGAAGGGGCUCACAUCCCAACAACUUCUUUUCCUUCUUGACAAGAUUGGCAUUGCAAAUUUGCACGCUUCAUCUUGA